GGGCUGAAGCUGCCACCCCGGAGGAGGGACGGCGGGUUUCUCCCUGCCCGCGCAGCGCCGCGGAGGGAUGCGGAGGGAGGGGGGGCUGCCUGCGGGGCGGACCGGCUGAGCGCAUCCCCGGGCGCGGCGUGUGCGCUCCCUCCAUCCCUCCCUCCCUCCCUCCCUCCAUCCAUCUCUCCCUCCCUCCCUCCCUCCCGCCUUCCUCCCUUCUCCCGCCCGCCGCAGCCGCGCUCCGGGGCUCCGCCGCCCGCCCCGCCGCGAUGCCCCGCCGCUGCUGAGCCGGCCCCGCCAGGUUGAGGACGUGUGGGACCUGUUCGAUGGAAGUAGCCAUGUUGCGAGCAACUCCACCACCCACCUUCCCAGUGAGCUUCCAACUCCUGAGUGUUGUGCUGGUGCUGCUCUCGCACGCGGACAGCAUACAUGCAGAGAGCCCCAGCGAACUGCCUGUGAAUGACACCGAGGAGUGCACUGGAUCAUACAUCUGCAAAAAGGGUGUGAUUUUACCGAUAUGGGAACCCCAAGACCCCUCCUUCGGUGACAAAAUUGCUCGGGCAACAGUGUAUUUUGUAGCAAUGGUGUACAUGUUCCUGGGAGUAUCUAUCAUAGCUGACCGCUUCAUGUCCUCCAUCGAAGUCAUUACGUCCCAAGAGCGGGAAAUAACCAUCAAGAAGCCCAACGGCGAGACCAGCAAAACCACGGUGAGGAUCUGGAACGAGACCGUUUCCAACCUCACACUGAUGGCCUUGGGCUCAUCUGCCCCUGAGAUCCUCCUGUCUGUUAUCGAAGUGUGCGGCCACGGCUUCACAGCGGGGGACUUGGGGCCAAGCACGAUUGUGGGGAGUGCUGCAUUUAACAUGUUUGUCAUUAUUGCGAUCUGUGUUUACGUCGUUCCAGAUGGAGAGAUAAGGAAGAUCAAGCACUUGCGAGUGUUUUUUGUUACAGCGGCCUGGAGCAUCUUUGCCUAUACUUGGCUUUACAUUAUUUUAUCUGUGUCUUCUCCUGGGAUUGUGGAGGUCUGGGAAGGCUUGCUCACCUUCUUCUUCUUCCCCAUCUGCGUGGUGUUUGCCUGGAUAGCUGACAGGAGGCUUUUAUUUUACAAGUACGUCUACAAGAAAUACCGAGCUGGCAAGCAGAGAGGCAUGAUCAUUGAGCAUGAGGGUGACCGGCCCUCCUCCAAAGCUGAUAUCGAGAUGGACGGCAAGGUUGCUAAUUCUCAUGUGGAGAACUUUUUGGAUGGGACACUGGUGCUGGAGGUGGAUGAGAAAGACCAGGAUGAUGAGGAAGCCAGGAGGGAAAUGGCUCGGAUCCUGAAGGAGCUGAAGCAAAAGCACCCCGACAAGGAGAUUGAACAGCUAAUCGAGCUGGCCAACUACCAGGUCCUGAGCCAGCAGCAGAAGAGCAGGGCCUUUUACCGCAUUCAGGCCACUCGGCUCAUGACAGGAGCUGGCAACAUCUUGAAGAGACACGCAGCAGACCAGGCCCGCAAGGCUGUCAGUAUGCAUGAGGUCAACAGCGAGGUGGCAGAAAACGAUCCCAUCAGCAAGCUCUACUUUGAGCAGGGUACCUACCAGUGCCUGGAGAACUGUGGCACUGUCGCCCUGACCGUCAUUCGCCGGGGAGGUGACUUGACCAACACGGUGUACGUUGACUUCCGGACAGAGGACGGGACGGCCAAUGCCGGCUCCGACUAUGAGUUCACUGAAGGAACAGUAGUCUUCAAGCCUGGCGAGACCCAGAAGGAAAUCCGUGUUGGCAUAAUUGACGACGACAUAUUUGAGGAGGAUGAAAACUUCCUGGUCCACCUCAGCAAUGUCCGCGUGAGCACCGAGGCCUCAGAUGAGGGCGUUCUUGAGGCCAGCCGUGUCUCCACUCUCGCCUGCCUGGGAUCACCAUCUACUGCCACUGUCACCAUCUUUGACGAUGACCAUGCUGGCAUCUUCACCUUUGAGGAGCCAGUAACACACAUCAGUGAAAGUGUGGGGACCAUGGAAGUGAAAGUGUUGCGAACCUCUGGUGCACGAGGAAAUGUUAUUGUGCCCUACAAAACCAUCGAAGGCUCAGCCAAAGGCGGAGGAGAGGACUUUGAAGACACCUGUGGGGAGCUGGAGUUCCAGAACGAUGAGAUAGUCAAAACGAUAUCAAUCAAGGUGAUAGAUGAUGAGGAGUAUGAGAAAAACAAGACCUUCUACCUAGAGAUCGGGGAGCCCCGGCUGGUGGAGAUGAGUGAGAAGAAAGGUGGCUUCACCAUCACAGAGGAGAAUGAAGAAAAGCAGCCACUGACCAGCAAGGAGGAGGAAGAGCGUCGAAUCGCGGAGAUGGGGCGCCCAGUCCUGGGGGAGCACACCAAGCUCGAAGUCAUCAUUGAGGAAUCCUAUGAGUUCAAGAACACGGUGGACAAGCUCAUUAAGAAGACGAACCUGGCCCUGGUGGUUGGCACAAACAGCUGGAGGGAGCAGUUUAUUGAGGCUAUUACUGUCAGCGCGGGGGAAGACGACGAUGACGAUGAAUGUGGGGAGGAGAAGCUGCCCUCCUGCUUUGACUACGUGAUGCACUUUCUGACCGUCUUCUGGAAGGUCCUUUUUGCCUUCGUGCCCCCGACAGACUACUGGAAUGGCUGGGCUUGCUUUGUCGUCUCCAUCCUCAUGAUCGGCCUCCUGACAGCUUUCAUUGGCGACCUGGCAUCCCACUUCGGCUGCACCAUUGGCUUGAAGGACUCUGUCACCGCAGUCGUGUUUGUCGCACUGGGGACAUCGGUGCCAGACACGUUUGCCAGCAAAGUAGCAGCAACACAGGACCAGUACGCAGAUGCCUCCAUCGGGAACGUCACUGGGAGCAAUGCUGUGAACGUUUUCCUGGGCAUCGGGGUGGCCUGGUCGAUCGCAGCCAUCUACCACGCAGCGCACGGACAGGCCUUCCAAGUCUCGCCUGGCACCCUGGCCUUUUCCGUCACCCUCUUCACCAUUUUUGCUUUUAUCAGUGUGGGUGUGCUGCUCUACCGGCGGAGACCUGAGAUUGGAGGUGAGCUGGGCGGGCCGCGGACUUCCAAGCUGCUCACAUCCUCACUCUUUAUCCUCCUCUGGCUCUUGUACAUAUUCUUCUCAUCUCUGGAAGCCUACUGCCACAUAAAGGGCUUCUAAAGGGACAAUCAGAGAUAGUAAAUAUAUAUAUAUAUCUAUAUGUAUCUAUAUAGAGUGAUAUAUAGGUAUAGAUAUAGAUAUAACGCUGUGUAUAAUGAACAGAGAAAGAAUAAAAGAGAUUUGCCAUGUUCACACACCUGCUGACGAAAAGCGGCUUUGGAGCAUCCUUUGAACUAGGCAGGACCCCAAAGCCAGCAGGACCCCUCCCCAGGCAGCGGCCCCGGCUGGGAGCCUGGCGGCAGGGCCCUCUCUGCAACCCCACCAGCAGGAGCGGAUGAUGGCCACCGAGCCCCCGUCAAGCCCUCCUGCCGCCGGCCCCAGGAGGAGGAACACCGGGCGAGCAGGGCGCGCAGGUGCAGGGAGGCCAGAGUAGCCGGUGAGCCGUGGAGCGGUGGGCGAGGGAGCGAGAGGAGAGCGAGGGUCCCGACCUCCGACCGCCGUCCGCCUGCCUGCGCUGCUGGGGAAUGUCCCCUCUUGCCCUGCCAGAGGGAAGCGAGAGACCGGACUGCAGACAAGGGGAGCCGGGGAGCUUUCUAAGGAUAGAACAGACCGUUUUCGUCAUCGAUUUGGGGUUGAUUUUUUUUUUGUUUGUUUUGGCGUGUGUACAACUAGCAUUGCCCCUCGUGCCCGCCACAUGCCCCUCACCUUUCCCUCUGUGCUUCGGGGAUGCUUAGCAGCGCGCUCGCACCUGGUGUCCCCAGACGCGGGGGGGGGGGGGGCAGGGUGUGCCCCCCACCCUGUCCAGCCCCUCAGGCUUGCUGUCGUGGUACUUGUAGCAUUUGCAUGAAUGAAAUGACCCCUAUCUGUAUAUAGCAUCCUAUAGCGAUAGUCCUUCCAGCCAUGUGGGUUGAGCAUUGCAGAUACGAGUGUUUAUUUUUCACCGGGUUUUAUUUAUUUUAGUUAGUUUAGGGUUUUGCCAUAGGUUUUUGUGGGUUCGUUUGUUUCCUCUCAGCAGAGGGAAAGCUGUCCCUGUGUAUUGUUCUGCGCGUGGGUCCACGAGAAGCAAUAAUGGCCGUGCAGAUGUAGGUUUUCAGGGAGGAAAACCCACCCCCAGAGGCUGCGGGCUUG